GACAGAGAUGCAAUUCAACACAGAUUACUUCAGCGCAGAAGUGGGCACUACCUUCUACGUCAACCACGGGGAAUGGGAAAUUAUUGAUAAACACAUCAGGAUCUUCAACCUAACUGCGACUGUUGAAUUUUCUUGUAUCCAGGUAAUCAUUAAUUCCAUGAUAACUUUUCUAUUGUAUCCAUGUGAAUACACUGAAUUAUUAUUAACUCGUUCCCUAAAGAACUGCCUUUUUGCCCAUCUACUCAUCCCCACAUACUCUUAACCUACUGAUAGCCACAGCUAUUUACAGAGACCGUACUUUCGUCAGCCCUUCAAAGGGUUCAAACUAUUACCCGCCCUGACGCCUCCAGCUCUCGCACGUUUGGCAAUGCUGACAGGAUCAAACUUAUCCUCACCUACCGUCGUUACAUUGGGAAAUGGUGUCGGUCGGCCGUCGAGCUGUGCGAGCUCUUAACCCCCCCCCCCGCACCUUCACACAGCCCGGACGCAGGGUUUCCCCGUCACCAGACCAUGUGGUGGCACGCCCCCUUUCGUCAGCCCUUCAAAGGGUUCAAACCAUUACCCGCCCCGACCCCUCCAGCCCUCGCACGUUUGGCAAUGCUGACAGGAUCAAACUUAUCCUCCCCUACCGUCGUUACAUUGGGAAAUGGUGUCGGUCGGCCGUCGAGCUGUGCGAGCUCUUAACCCCCCCCCCCAGCACCUUCACACAGUCCGGACGCAGGGUUUCCCCGUCACCAGACCAUGUGGUGGCACGCCCCCCUCCCCUGGUCUGGGUGAAAUCCGGUUGACAGAAAACGAUGUGUUUAAAGCGUUCGCAGACCACUCUCCCUAAGGGUCUGGGUGGGUUUGUUUCCACUCCGGAGGAAAGGUGUUGCGUUACCACCCCCACCGCCCACGGAGUCUUUCGGCGGGACGUUUUCUAAGCUGGGAUGAAACAGUUGCCUCGGACCAGCUUACAAGGGCUGCGUAGUUAAAAUCAUCAGCAUGGGUUUUCACUGCCACCCAAGCCUUAUUAAUGGCAACAAGUAAUCAUGUUAUUACGUUUCCCGUUGUUUUAGGAGUCAUGCCAUCGGCCCGUGUUGUUGUUUGUUUUUUUUUGCUUUGGGAGAACAAGUCCACACUACCUGUCCGCCAUGCCACAAAGAGGCAAACCCCAUGUGAACGCCACCAAUAUUCCAUGGCAGCGCUUCCGUGGAACGGCUCACCUACCGUCCUGACAAUCUAAUAGCCAAAUAUGUUUUUCUUAACAAACCGUGCUAUUCUGCUCGCUGACCCCUGACACAAAUGACAUUUCCUCUUCCCAGCCUCUCAUUGCUUUCACACGGGUUAAAAAAUCUGCGAGACCUCCGUGUGAGAUGUCACAUCAACAACGCCCCCCACCCCCAUUUUGGGACCCAACCAUGUGGACGCAGCCGUUGCCACACUUGCUUUUUGUCAUCCAGACUCAACGAAUUCCCUUCCAAAAAUUGCAGUUUUUCGAUAUGGGAUGAUUUCCUUUGAUCUAGCUGCAAUAUUGUCUACGCAAUAGUUUGCUACCACUGCCAGACGUCGUAACUAGAUGAGACAGGCCGCCGUCUCUCUGACAGAUGUACGAAACAUCUCUGUAAUAUGGAGCAAGUUAAGCUGUUUACCGUCUCAAAAUUCGCCAAUAGAAGCGACCACAAGAGUUCAGCGGUUUUUGCUGUCACAGCUAUUGUGUCUUGUACAAAGACACCAAUCCGGGUAAAUCUGGAAAACAAGCUGAUCUAGACUUAUUGAACCUAUACACCACAAGGCAUGACUUUCAUGUUCUCAUUCACCUUUAAAACCUUUUCUACGGCCCCUCCUCGUUACGAAAAAUCGCAGUUGACUUACUUUUCCUCUCUCCAGUCCCGUUUUACCUGUAUUAAAUCUUUCACCUACCAAUGAUCUGAGACAUUCUUUUUGGUGUCCUCUCACCUACCAAUGUUCUUGGACAUUCUUUUUUGUCUCCUCUCACCUACCAAUGUUCUUGGACAUUCUUUUUUGUGUCCUCUCACCUACCAAUGAUCUGGGACAUUCUUCUUGGUGUCCUCUCACCUACCAAUGAUCUGGGACAUUCUUUUUUGGUGUCCUCUCACCUACCAAUGAUCUGGACAUUCUUUUUGGUGUCCUCUCACCUACCAAUGAUCUGGGACAUUCUUUUUGGUGUCCUCUCAACUACCAAUUUUCUUGGACAUUCUUUUUUGUGUCCUCUCACCUACCAAUGAUCUGGGAUAUUCUUUUUGGUCUCCUCUCACCUACCAAUGUUCUUGGACAUUCUUUUUUGUGUCCUCUCACCUACCAAUGAUCUGGGACAUUCUUGUUGGUGUCCUCUCACCUACCAAUGAUAUGGGACAUUCUUUUUUGGUGUCCUCUCACCUACCAAUGAUCUGGACAUUCUUUUUGGUGUCCUCUCACCUACCAAUGAUCUGGGACAUUCUUUUUGGUGUCCUCUCAACUACCAAUUUUCUUGGACAUUCUUUUUUGUGUCCUCUCACCUACCAAUGAUCUGGGAUAUUCUUUUUGGUGUCCUCUCACCUAACAAUGUUCUUGGACAUUCUUCUUGCAACCAAAUGUUCUUUUUAUUUUAUUUUAUUUUAACCGCUGCUUGUGAGCUGAAGAAGGCUUCUUGUCGGCACGUUCAUUGUUUUUUGUUUUUGUUUUUUUUUUAGUAAUUUUUAACAUGUUUUCCGAUAAUUUGUUUUGCUCGUUGCCUUUUUGAUGUUUGGAGAAAGUACCAAUAGAUCUGUGAAUAGAUCGAUCGACCAACAGCAGUUGAGAAUAACCGAUCUGGGUUUUUAGAUUAUUAUAGUCGUGGGCUGUCAAAGCCAUCGCACUAUAAAAUAUUUAGUCUAAAAAAAAUGGAAGAAUGAUUGAGCUGUAGAUUGUCACAGAUGUUAACUGUCACGACGGCAAACUGUGAAAGCUUCAGACCGUCAUAGAUAUAAACUGUCACAAAUGAUACCUGUCACUUGUUGUCAUAACAGCAAAAUAUGAAUAGCUGCAGACCGUCAUAGAUAUAGACUGUCACAAAUGAUACCUGUCACUUGCUGUCACGACAGCAAAAUAUGAAAGCUGCAUACCGGUCAUAGAUAUAAACGGUCACAGAUGAUGACUGUCGUUAAUGUAAACUGUCAUUGCUGAAGGCCAGUGCUUUCCGAACGGUGAGUUCCGACACAGCAGUGUGUCGCCUGCUUGGUGUACGUGUGUCAUGUCAAAAAAGUUCAUACCAACACAUGCCAACAUGCGCACAAUUAUUAGACCCAAUAUUUCCGCUGGACAUGAAGUUAAAUUAUGGACGAAUAUGUGCAAAUGGUCAAUUACACUAAAAGCUGAUCUCUUCAAUCAAGAUUAUUUGCAAAUUUUUGCCUAGCUAACAUUGCCCACAGAAAAUUCUUUGUCUAGUGGUAAGUAGCUUUUCGUGAAUACUAUUUUGUUUUGUGUGUACCAACUAAUAGUGUCCAUUAUACCCAACUUACAGUGUCCCAAAUAAUGUAUUUCAAAAAGUGUGUAUAGCUAACAUAAAAAGUUUGGAAAGCAUUGACUUAUACUGUCGGUUUGUCAACCUGUUAAACACGGGUCGCCUUAGACCAUCGGAAAACACAUAUUUAUGCAGCAGCAACGAAAAUACUUUUAUGGUUGGGGUCACCACAACAUAAGGAACUGUAUUAAAGGGUCGCGGCAUUAGGAAGAUUGAGAACUACUGAUGUGGACUAGACGAUUACUGAAAAAGCAUGUGUUUGGACCUCAUUUUACUUCAACAUAUGCGUUGUGGCGACUACCACUUGUCUUCCUUUAUGUAUAGUUGGAUAUUGACGACACCAAUUAAAUAUGUAGCGCUGUACUAACCCACCCCUCACUUGAUUGGGAAAAGGUUGUCUACGUUUUAUCUGUUCUAAAGAAUGCAAUAGGUUGAUGAAUUUGUAGAAUUUCUUAUUGGGGUGUGGGGCGCAGAAACCGUAAUAUGACGUCAUCUCCUUUCUGGCUGUUCCAGAUUCAAUUUACCCUCAAGAGACGCCCUUAUUUCCUCCUGGUCAACAUCGUCCUUCCUGUGAUCUUUCUCUCAUUCCUCAACAUCCUCGUCUUUGUCAUUCCGGCUGAUUCAGGGGAGAAAAUCGGUUACGGUAAGUUGCUUCCCUUUGUUUGUGCAUCAAUUCGGUAUUGAUUUAAACCAUUUAAAACAGUGUCCGACCCUUUUUAAAAUAAGAUUUAUUUAGCACACGCCGUAUAUUUCUAUUAUAGUAUUUACUUCUAUGUAUGUAAGUGUCCCAUCACCAGGUAUAACCGUCCUAUUGGCUCUGUCCGUCUUUAUGAGCAUCAUCGGAAGCAUGUUGCCGAGGUCAUCCAGUAAAAUACCCAAGGUCACCUUGUACCUGUUCAUCCUGCUCAUCAUCUCCAUGCUGACCGUCAUCGUCAGCAUCGUCAUCGUCUACCUGCAUCACCUGGAGGAGGUCAGUAGUUUAAGAGGUCAUUGAAACAAAUCACAAACGUCAUCGGUGCUCAACCUAGGCUCACCGCUAAUUUCUUGGAAGCAACACAAACUUUGAAAAGUUACUAAAUGAGCAUUUGUUCCCCCUUGUUAUCUCUGUUCAAAAUCAUGGCACUUUAUAGUCUUAGGUAAUAAAAAUCCAUUUUCUGUUUGCCCUUUCACGGCAAUAUUUAACGCACGGGUCUUGGCCCCCUAGAACAUACGUAGAGUUUAUUUAUAUAAAUGUUACUAUUUUCACCUUGCAGAAAGAAGUGAAGCACCAGAAAGUGAAGGCGAGGUACAGCAGCGCCGUCUCCAAGGUAGCCCAACUGCGACGUGCCGUCUCGGUGUUUCAGGCGCCAAGGGACACAAAACAAGACAACCCAAAAACUCAACGGUUAAGUUUCGCAUCGGCUGCGACCCUCGCAGAGCAAUCCGAGGCGCCGCCUCUGUCCCACGGCAUGGGAGACAACCAUGAGGCUGAAAACGGCGUCGAGGUGGACGGCGUAAAGAUAUCGAAACCGAAACCCAGCAAGUACAAGCUGAUCGGGAAGUACAUCGACUUUGUCUCCUUUAUUGUGUUCCUGGCUGUCUGGUCGGCUGUAACGCUGGGCUUCAUGUUAGACAUUUCGAUCUGAACUCUUACUUCAUAGUAUUUGCUGUACGAGCAGCGAUGUUCGCAUAAAAGUAUUCUAUGGAAGACAGGAUGUCAAUGAAUGCCCCUCCCCCUCAAAAAAAACAACAACAACAAACCCCCUCCCCCCCCCCCCACACACACACACACAAAACAUGCAGUGUAAGAUGGUUUCGUUUCCGUGAAUUAAGCGAGUUUUCUUAUAGUAACCAUCACUUGUGUACUGAAAAGAAAAUGUUCAAUCCACAAUUGGCAUGAAAGUAUGUCACGCAGGAGACAGUGCCCUAUUGGCAUGAAAGUAUGUCACGCAGGAGACAGUGCCCUAUUGGCAUGAAAGUAUGUCACGCAGGAGACAGUGCCCUA